AUGUCCAUCGAAAACAAGCAGAUCAAAGUCAGCCAAGUGGUCACGUCCGCCGUCUGCUGCACCACCAACCUCACGCUUGAGGCCGUGAACGACUUUCUCGCUCAAGUAUGGAGAGAGGAAGAAAACGAUACGCCUCCAACGCAUACCCUAACUUUGAUCCACGAUCUCGAGACCUAUUUCUGGGGCACUACUAAAGAGCUGCAAGGAGAAGAUCCAGAAACAGUCCUGCAAAGCCCAUUCACUGGUCUGGAUUACUCUGAGAUUAGAAAGCUUCUUAUGCAGAUGAAAGAGGCUUCAGCAUCGAAAUUGAAGACAGAUUGGUUCCUUGUCCUAGACGGACGUUCUGUGGAGACGAAUUCAGCCGUCAUAGUGAAUGUUGAACCGCAUGGUACACAUACAUUACGAUCUAGUGUUCGCUCUUUGCGGGUCGAUUAUCCCACUUCAUCGCGAUAUCUGGCCGCGGCGAGCAUUGCUCACCCAUCAAUUAAUGAAUUGAAAGAAGUCGUGGACGGCAAUCCGGAUAAGUUUAAAGGAAUUCUACGGGACGACUAA